AGCUGAACCAUCGGACCUUAUUUGUCAGCUUGGAUCACGUGAUCCAUCCAGCUGCCGCGUGCGGCAAACAGCCCAAAUAGCGCUAACUCUGGCCUGCGAGCGUUUGCUGCGACUAGCGCGCUAGCGCUCGUGACAUACACAAACGCGCUAGCCAGAAUGCUUUGACUUUGAUGGCUUUCAGCUUCUAUUUUUUGAAAAGUAGCGCGCUCAGACCAGCUCGCUCACUCUUUUCCUCUUCCAUUUUUUAGGGCAAUUGUUUUGUUUGAUAGACGAAGCUUAGGGUCUCUUUGGGUUUGCAACCCUUACUCUCCUGGAAAAAAUCAUAGUUGCUAGACUGCGACACUUCAGACCAGGUACUAUUAGAGCCGCUAAUGGACGACGAGCUAUUUUCCGCUAUCCGGAGCUCAAGCAUUUGAGCCGCUAAAUGGACGAGACUCCUGGGGUAAAGGAUGCAGAGAAUGAGGAGAAAACACUCGUAUGGAGCAGGGAGUAGGUAUUGUACUACUUCCUGGUAUGGAGCACUGAGAAGCGCAAUGUGCAACAGAAAUUACCAUGGUGAUACAGUAGAUUACCGUGUGAAGCGGUGUGAGAUGCAGCAAAGCAUUAGGCGAUUUGAUCGCAGGACAAGAGAGGAGCUGAUGGACGAUCUCUCCAGUGUCCCUCUUGGUUCGGAGCAGCGCCGAGUGCUGACGUUGGGACUUGGAUCUCACUCAGCUCUGCUCUCCGAGCAUUCUGCUUCCAACCGACUUCCCGAAAGAUAG